CGCACGUGAGCUUGUGUAGCCCAGAAUUCUACUCGGUCAAGUGUGGUAGUGAUAGCAAAAUAACCUCCCCGCUCGACAGCAAACAUGUCUUGAUGCUAGAACACUGAACAGCUACAUUGAAACUCUCCGAAAAUGAUCAAUUCGCAAGCAAUGGACUCUAGAACUUUAAACCCAAGUGGAAAGAGAGAGAAUCGCGAUGAUGAAUCUGUUAUUUCAGUGACCGAGUCUUUUGAUAAUACAAGUUUCUCUGGCAAGAAAAAAGCAAAUUCUGAAUGCUCUCACAAAGUCAUCGAGAAGAGAAGGCGUGACAGAAUCAAUAGCUGCUUGUCAGAGCUGGCGCAAUUGAUCCCAUCAGCGCAGAAUGGAAAACAGGGAUCAGGAAAGCUGGAAAAAGCAGAAAUAUUGGAACUAACAGUUGAAUACGUAAAAAAAAAUCUUCAAAACCCAAAUCAAAUCCAACAGGAUGGGACGGACAAGGGCGCUAAUGAAAAAGAUAAUAAUCAACACAAGCCAGUUGUCACGAUGGCCGAGCUUCGCAAGUACUGGAUGGGCUAUAGUGAUUGUACAGCGGAAGUCCUUCGAUUCCUCGUCGCCGUGGAAGCUAUGGACCCUCAACAGCCUUGUUUCCAGCGUCUGAUGGCGCAUCUACGGCACCGGCACAACUUGAUGGUCGAAUACAAGGAAAACGGGAACAGCCAGGCGCAUCAUGGGCAAGGCCACCAUGGCAACAAGAAGAACAACGAGACGGGAACAUCUAAGGGGAAGUCACCGAGGAAGAAAUCCCACGCUGCCGUGGCUGAUGAGCCUGUAGCUUCCAGCAAGAAGCCGAGGUUAAAGGAGCCUCAGGAACCCCCGCAGAUGAAGUUACCGUUCAUUGAUUCGUUGGAAGAGGAGGAUAAGAAGAGCGGAAAUGGGAGCAUCAGCGGAAGCAGCAGUUCGAACGAGAACGGAAGCUCAAACGGAAACGGAAGUAGCGAUACUGGAAACGGAAAUGGAAACGGCAGCGACAGCAGCAGCAGCAACAGCGCCGGGUCGCUGCAAUUCGGUAACGUGUCGGGCGACAGUAACAUGCAUCUUCGGAACCAGUUCAUGCCUCAGCCUUACGGAAUGCCGACGUACGCCCUCCAUCCGGCAGGGACACACUACAUACCCGUCGCACUACACUCCGGAAUCCCCAUGCCGCAGAUGCCAUUCCCCAAUUUCAGCAGCAUGCUUCCGGUAGCGACAAUGCUGUCAGGGGGACUGGGGCCGUACCUCGGGGGUCAAAUGCAGAUGCCAGUAUUCCCGCCGAGCCCUCCUAUGAGUGGCAUCUUUCCGAACGGUCCCCUCAAUAUUCCUCCAUUUCCAGAAACGGCUGGGAAGCCUUCGAGGAGUCGCCUGAACCCGCAAGGAUGUAAAGACUGCAAGGUGGAACAGGGCCAAGAAGGGUCGGGCCCGGCAAGCGAGAACGAGUCCAAUUCCAGCGGGGACGAGUGCAGUUUUACAUCACGGUCGUCCGGAAAUAUGUCCGAGAUUGGAGUCCAAACAGACCACGCCCAACUGGAGUACGCAAACUCAUUCAGCCCUAACAGCCGAUAAAAGAAUGGGUAGAGGACGGGACAACACUAAACCGGACCACGCGAAUCAUUCACUCCGAUGUCAGCCCCGGGCGAGAGAAAAAAUUGCAAAUGUUGCAAAUGCAUGCUUGGAGACCCAUCAAUAUCGGCGGACGCUCACGAAGUUCCCUCCUGCGUCUUUUUCCCAAGCCGAAGAAAAUUGUUGCAAAAACAAUCGAUCAACCGAACUUGUUGAGUUUGUCACCAAACUGCGCCAGUUACAACAUUUGCGGAAAGAGUCUCUAAUGAGACAAACAAUGGUUGAAAAGGGACAAUCAACAAACACGGGAGACUAUUUCCAUUCUCAAGAAAAAAAUACAAAGUGCUCAGGAUUUGAAGGAUCGCUUCACGUGAAAUGAGAACCUUCGGUAUAGAUACGGGAAUUCUCCGAUUUAUUUGCUGCGAAGAACAGUCACCUAAGCUUUGGCAACUACGUUAGUGUCGAAACUGCUUAACGUUACCGGAACUACGUUAGUGUUGUUGUUUUUUAACACUCCGCAGAGAUUUCCCCUGUUUACCUAUUACUUCAAAACCUGUAUGCUCACACAGAACGUUGAUUUCGAACCUGCUUACCUUGACCGGAAAUCCAAAUAAUAUUGCGCAGGUAUCACGUGGUCAGGGCACUUGAACGCACUUUGAUUGGGUGUACUAACUUUGAUUGACAGUCGGUUAUCUGAAAUGCAUUGUUAGGUAAAGACCUCAGGUGGAUUUGAUUUUAUGGUUUGGCACUCCACCUUACUCGUAUACUCUGAAAACCCUCUGCCGUGUCAAAAUACUGAGCUAUCAUUGGCUGAUAAACCAAUUUUAUUGCGAAA